AUGUCGGAUAAAGUUCAAGAAGUCAACACACUUGGAGAACCAGAAGCUGAAGGUUCAGAAAUCACCAGAAUUGUAGAAUCACAAGUAAACAAAGAAGGAUUAGAAGUUAGCAAACAUGAUGAAGAAGAAUCGGAAAUCGGAUUUGAAGAACAAGAAGUAAAAAGGAAUAAAGAAAAAGAUAUUGAGAUAGAUGAACAACAACUAGAUAUUGGCAGUUUUAGCGGACAAGAACUCGGGUCUACUGACGAUCCCAAAGUGGGUACAGGGGAUGAAGUAACGAAGCCAGAAAGUGGUUCAGCUGAAGAAUCAUACGUUAUUAAAGAGAAAGAAACCAACCCUAUAGGAAACAAAAUUCGAGAAACAGAGAUCAGCGUCGUAAAACAGCUUCAACAAAUAGAAGUGAACUCAGUUGAAAGGGCUGAAAGAACAGAAAUAAGAUCAGCUGAAGAACCCGAAAUCAGGGCUGCUGAAAAAGUCGGAAUAAUCACUUUUGAAGAAUCAGAAAUUAGCCCAGCUGAAGAACAGGAGGUUAGUAUGUAUGAAAAAAUAGAAAGUAGUGAAGUUAGGCAGGAAAUUAUUGAAGAUGAAGAACCAGAAAUCAGAGCAGGUAAAGAACAUGAAAUCAGUGCAAAUGAAGACCCAGAAACCAGCCUAAUUGAAGAACUAAAAAGGGUGAGCACAGAAGGACCAGGCAACAUCUCAACUGAACAAACAGUAAUUAAUGGAGCUGAAGAACCAGAAAUCAGCUCAGUUAAAGAAUUGGAAAACAGUGUGGAUGGGAUACUAAAGAUUUUGCCGGUUGAAGAACCAAAAAUCAGCGCAGUUGCAAAACCAGAACUCAGCUCAGUUGAAGAACUAGAGAUUAAGGCAGUUGAAAGACCAGAAAUCAGGGUAGCUGAAAAAUCCAAAAUCACUGCUGAUGAGGAACCAGAAACUAGGGUGGUAGAAAAAUCAGUAGUCAGUGCUGUUGAAGAGACCACGGCGGCUGGAAGUCUAGAAACUACAUCAAUAGAACCAGAAAGCAAUGCAUUUGAAGAGCUAGAUAUUGGGGCAGAUGAUGGACCAGUACUUACCUCAGUUGAAGAACUGUCAGUCAGGAAAGUCGAACCUCAAACCAGCCCUACUGAAGAACCGGUGAUCGGGGCAGAUGAAGAGGCAGAAAAAGCUGCUGUUGAAAUUCCAGAAAUCAGUACAGCUACAGAACCAGGAAUCCCCUCAGUCGAAGAAGCAGAAGUGAGAGCAGUUGAAAAAUCAGAAAUCAAGGUCGUUGAAUAUCCAGAAGAUACAUCAGCUAAAGAACCAGAAAUUCAAGCAAUUGAAAACCACGAAAUCAGCACAGAUGAACAAUCAGAAAUCAGAGCAGUUGAAGAACUCAAAACAAGUGCACACGAAGAACUAGAAAUCAGGAUAGUUGAACAAACUGAUGCUAAGGUAAUCAACUCAGCUGACAAACCAGAAAUCAAGGCAGUUGAAGAUCAAGAAAUAAGUGCUGCUCAAAUACAAGAAAUCCGUGCAGCCGAAGAACCAGUAAUCCCCUCACUUGAAGAGCCAAAAAUUAUCGCUGUUGCAGAACCAGAAGUCAACGCACUUGCAGAACCAGUAAUCAGCGCAGUUUCAGAGCCAGAAAUCAGCACAGUUGAAGAACCAGUUGAAGUCAGUGCAGUACAAGAACCAGAAAUAAGCGCAGUUGCAGAACCAGAAAUCAGCGUUGUUGAAGAAUCAGAAAGCGCAGUUGCAAAACCAGAAGUCAGUGCAGUUGUAGAACCAGAAAUAAGCGCAGUUGCAGAACCAGAAAUCAGCGCAGUUGAAGAACCAGAAAUAAGCGCAGUUGAAGAACCAGAAAUCAGCGCAGUUGCAGAACCAGAAGUCAGCGUAGUUGCAGAACCAGAAGUCAGCGCAGUUGCAGAACUAGAAGGUCAGCGGAGUUGCAGAACCAGAAAUCAGCGCAGUUGCAGAAACAGACGUCAGUGCAGUUGCAGGACCAGAAAUCAGCGCAGUUGCAGAGCCAGAAAUCAGCGCAGUUGCAGAACCAGAAAGCGCAGUUGAAGAACCAGAAAUCAGCGCAGGU